AUGUCGAAUCGUGCCUUCGCCUCCGAUCCGCGAAAUGGCACUCUAGCUGCACCUCGAGAUUCACUCGAACUUGCCUCCCUCGCGUCCUCUUCGCCCGCUUCCGUCGGGGGCUCCUCACGCUCGUCAUCGCCAGACGGAAUCUCUUCGUCGCGCAAGCUUUCUCUGGAAGAUGAAGAUCCGCUCGCUGGCGAACAAGGAGAUGUCUUUCUCGAGACCGGUCGCCCGCGUCAUCUCCGGUCAUACUCGGUCUCGUCCGCUUUUGACUUUGGCCGCAACUUGUUUCCCUUGUCGCAAACACAGACUGGAUAUGCGCCGUUAGGGACGCCAUCGGCGCUGGAUCGCUCAGGCGCAAAUGGAUCGCUGGAACGGAACAAAACAUUGACUUAUCUAAAUGGUCUGUCUUUGAUCGUGGGGCUGAUUAUUGGAUCGGGUAUCUUCUCCUCGCCGUCCCAGGUCAACGCCAACGCUGGGUCACCUGGUGCGGCGCUCAUCGUGUGGGCCAUUGCGGGCUUGUUGGCUUGGACUGGAGCUGCAAGUUAUGCCGAAUUGGGUGGUGCAAUCCCCUUGAAUGGCGGGUCCCAGGUCUAUCUGUCCAAAAUCUUUGGCGAGCUACCGGGAUUUCUUUUUACGUGGUGCGCAGUUCUGGUUCUAAAACCGGGCUCAGCGGCCAUCAUCUCGAUUAUCUUUGGCGAGUAUAUUGUGCGUGCGUUUGUGGGGGCUGACGUGGAACACGUCAACCCAUGGAUCAACAAGGGCGUCGCACUCGGAGGCAUGAUCGUGGUCACUUUGUUCAACUGCAUCUCCACGAAGAUUGCCACUCGCAUUGGUGAUCUCUUCAUGUUUUUCAAAUUCGUGGCACUGUUGGGUGUGACGAUCACUGGUAUCGUGGUCGCCAUCACAGGAUUCUCGGCCAAGGGAGCUGCCAAUCAGGAAUGGAAGACGCAUGGUUGGUUCGAAGGAACAAAUACCGAGAUUUCGGAUUUCGCCGUGGCGCUGUACGCUGGACUUUGGGCUUUUGAUGGAUGGGACAAUACCAACUAUGUUACCGGCGAAUUCAAGAAUCCCAAUAGGGAUCUCCCAAGGGUCAUUCACACGGCGAUGCCACUGGUCAUUCUUUGCUAUCUGAUGGCCAAUGUCUCUUACUUCCUUGUCCUCCCCCAUGAAACCAUCGAAGCCAGCAACACCAUCGCUGUGCAGUUCGGCCGCAAGGUCUUUGGCCCCGUUGGUGCUCUUGUUCUUGCACUCGUGGUGGGAGCCAGCUGCUUCGGUGCCCUGAAUGCUACAACUUUCACCAGCGGCCGCCUUGUCUACGCCGCAGCCAAAGAAGGCUACUUGCCCUCUUUCUUUUCCCGGAUUGGUCUGGGCAACUCAUCAACGCCAGCCCCCCCUGCUGGCAGCCGUCUCCGUCGACGCUCAUGGGCCCGACGGUCUCUAUCUCGCGUAUUCGGCGACGAGACAGGCCUGGGCUUUACACCGAUCAAUGCCAUGGCCUUGAAUGCUGCCUUGGUCAUGGUUUACAUCUGCGUUGGAGAGUUCAGCACCCUCGUUACAUUCUACGGCGUUGCCGGAUAUACCUUUUACUUCGUGACAGUGUUAGGGUUGAUUGUUCUGCGCAUUCGCGAACCCCGUCUCGAAAGGCCUUACCGCACCUGGAUUACGACUCCAAUCAUUUUUUGCUGCGUCAGCUUGUUCCUCCUCAGUCGCGCGGUGAUUGCCGAACCGCUUCAGACCCUCAUCGUGGUCGCAUUCAUCAUCACGGGUGUUCCUGUGUACUAUUGGCGCAUCUACCAACGCGAUGGGUCCACCGGUAUUUCAAGCUGGAAAUUUUGGAAGUGGCGGUCGCGGUCGCGAUAG